AUGGCCUCUUUCUCACCCACAACGAAACCAGCCGAAGAAGCUCGACUGACCGUCGUUCAGUCAUCCCCUAAUCCCGCUUAUAAGCUCCACCCUCAUCGCUGGUAUGGUCUUACAUUACUCUUUUUCCUCAACCUUACGAACAAUAUCUAUUGGCUUACGUUCGCUCCAGUUACGGAACUAUCCGCGAAUUACCUUGCAGUGUCAGACACAGCGGUGACUCUAUUAGGAACCAUCUUUCUUAUAGUAUUUGUCGUAGUGUCGCCAUUGGUCGGCUUCAUGUUGGAUAAAUGGGGAUUGCGAAAGUCUUUAUUAUUUGGUGCAUUCUUGAGUGCAUUGGGCGGCUGGAUUAGAUAUUCAGGAAUUUUCGUAAGCGCUGUUAAGGGUCGGUAUGCGAUCAUAACUAUUGGGCAGAUUGUCUGUGCAGUCAGCAACUGCAUUUUCCUAACGGCGCCCACUAAUUUCGCAAUGACGUGGUUCAGUGAUGAUGGCAGGACAACAGCAAAUAUGGUUGGAUCAAUUGCGAAUCCACUUGGAGGAGCUGUAGCUCAAAUUCUUAUCCCGAGUAUUGUCACCGAGGAGAGUCGUUUUCCCAUCGGUUUAAUCCUGACAGCAUCAAUAGCGACUGUGACUGCGAUUCCAGUGUUAUUCUUGAGAGACAAGCCUCCAACUUAUCCGUCGUUCUCUGCAUCCCUGCCGGCAGAAAAGUUUGGUUCUGGAUUUAAGAAAUUGUUGACCAAUCGGAACUUUUUGGUCAUCUGGAUUGCGUUUACGACGAUAGUUGGCUUCUUCAGUGCUUUUCUGAUAUUGAUGAACAAUAUCCUGUCGCCGUAUGGAUAUAACGAUACCAUGAGUGGAAUAAUUGGCGCAAUCACAAUAUUGAGUGGAUUGGUUGGCGCGGGGAUUUCAAGCCCGAUAAUUGAUAAAACGAAGGCAUAUAAGACGCUUAUUAAGAGUGUUACGCCUGUGGUUGGAGUCGGAUUUUUUUUACUUCCUUUCGUUGUACGAGAAAACUUUUAUGUUGAAAUUAUGAUUCUUUGUGGUCUUAUUGGAUUUCUGUCCUUUUCCUUGCUACCAGUUGCCUUGGAGAUUGGCGUUGAAUGUACAUUUCCGGUAUCCGCCAAUACAUCAGCAGCUAUUCUAUGGCUUGGAGGACAGGGUGGCGGAGUAAUAUUUACAAUUGUAAUGGAUCAAUUGAGACUUCCUGAUAAUGCCAGCAGACCUCGAGAUAUGAAAAGAAGUUUGUACUUCCAGGGUAUAGUUGCAUUAGUCUUAUCAUUUUCAGUUUUAUUUUAUAACUCAAGGAAUUUGAGGCUGGAAGCAAAAACAAUAACAGCUGUCGACGAAACGAAUCAGAUGGAGGAAGUCGAGAAUAAGGAUGUAAUUCUUAUGGAAACCCCAGUUAGGCAAUAG